AUGAAACUAAACAUAUUCACAAAUCAUUGGCUGCACCCUAAGCCAGCACUGACAUGCUUCUUAGCCCGUUCGCCGCCAGCACCGAACCAGAUGGAGCAUUUCGCCAACGAUGUCCUCGGUAUCUGGCGCAAGCCCUGCCCUGAGGCGGGAGUUUACACGUCAAAAGUGAAUAUUGUGGAGCCAAACUUCCAUCAGUCGUUCUACGGCUCAAACUAUGAGCGCCUGUACCAGCUCAAACAAAGUUACGACGCAUCAGGAUUGUUCUAUGCCCUGACCGGAGUUGGGAGCGAGAACUGGACGGUGAAGAACCGGGAUGGUCUUCCCGACCAGAACGGACUGUCGCGCCUUGUCUGGUCGGUUCAUUUGUCCCCAUCCAUGUAA